CGUCGGGCGUUGUUCUUUAAAAAGGUUAAAGUGGGACAAACUGAGACGGCGGCUCUGCAGAGCACGGCAAACAAACAGCGGGGGUCCUCAUAGAAGAUAUGGACCAGCACACACCGGCAGGAAGCCAGCGCCACAGCUCCGACAGGUGCCUUUCGGAGAUGGCGGUGCAUGUGACCCUGAACGGGACGUUUUUGUAUAACCGCUACGAGCUGCUGGCGUGGCUAAACGAAACCUUACAGACGAGCUUCACCAAGGUGGAGCAGGCAUGCACAGGUGCGGCUUAUUGCCAGCUGAUGGACUGGCUGUUUCCCGGCUCCUUGGACCUCUCCAGGGUCCAGUUCCAGUGCGACACCAUCAUGCACUCUCUGCACAACUUCACCUUGCUGCAGGCUGCUUUCAGGAAGGCCAGAGUGAUCAGACACAUCCCCAUCGAGUCGCUGAUGAAGAGGAACUCGGCCGUGGCUCUGACCUUCCUCCAGUGGUUCAAGAUCUUCUUCGACGAGAACAAUGAUGGCAGGGAGUACAACGCCUUGGAAGCUAGAGGAGGACAGAGCCUGGUUCCUGCUGACCUAGGUGGUGCAUUUCUCCUGCCGAAUCAGAAACUCGCCGUCACCGUGACGACGGACAGUAAAACCAUAGAGCAAGAAAAAGCAAAUGAUGUAAUCUCGCUGAUCUCCGACGACGAGGACGACGUGGUGGACCUGACGAUGGAGUCGGUAACAAACAUAGACGAGUGUGUUCCGCCUGAGCAGGUGAAGGAGGCGGAGUCAACAGACUCCUUGGUGGACGAGGGCGAUGUUUUGCUGCGAUUCAGUAAACAGUACUGCCACGAUGACGUGAACCUGACGCCGACCGGCCAAAUCAUCAACGCGCUCCGCAGCACACCGUACUGCCUGUACCUGCACGUCGGGGUGGAGCUGGGCGGGGGCCGGAGGACGAGCAUCGUCCUGAUUGGCUACUUCGACGGCUGCUCUGGUGCGAGCGUGGUGAGGGCGCUGCUCGCGGUGCAGCUCAGCGUGGAUUCGGCAGUCGGAGCCCCGGAGUCAGAUCCAGACCUUCUGAUUAAGGCGCUGACGGAGGCUGGCCUUCCUCUCUCCAACCUGGCUGUGUUUUACUGUGAUGCUCCGCCCCCACAGGUGAGCCGGAGGUUUGAAGCCCAGCUCCGGCUUUUCAGCCCCAGCUUGGUAUCGCUCUGCGGCCUUCCUGGGAUGGCGGGACGAGCGUGCCAGGCCGGACUCCUCACAUCCUUCAGUCACGUGGUCGACCUGGUGAAAGACAUCCACCGUCACUACUCCACCUGCGCCUCCAUCAACGACAGCCUGAAGGAGCUGUUUGCGGACGUGGAGCACCACAACCUGUCCCGCCCCGUCUCCUCGCAGUGCUUGUUCUUCAUCCACGCCGUGCAGAAGAUGGCGGGCUGCUGGACGGAUUUGGUGGAGUAUUUUAAACUUGAGGCGCUGGCCGUGGACGCCGAGCGCAUCAGCACCCAGCGAAUCACCGUCCGGCUGACCGAUCCGAAAGUUGAGCUACACUUCCUGUUCCUCGCCUACGCGCUGGAGCCGCUCCGGGCGCUCCAGGAGCUGCAGCAGUAUGGCUCUGCGAAUGUCGGAGUGGAGCUGCAGCUCACGCUCGUGCUGCUUCACUCGUACGCGGCGAGGGUCCUGCAGCCGGCCGCCCUCGACGACUUUCUCAGGAGGCGAGACGUGAAGCUGCUCAGCAGCGAGGCGAAGCUGCUGCCCGCAGCCGAGGUGAAAGUGGGCGCUCGAGUCAAAAACCUCCUGCGGGCCACCCCGGCCGUGGAUCUGGACGACGAGGACAGGGCCGACUUCAUGAAGGACGCGCGGGUGUUUUACCAGGCGGCGCUGCGGAGCGUGGUCGAGAGCGUUCCCGAGCAGCUCGGAGACUCGGCGCUGAGGAACAUCACCCUCGUCCAGAAAGACCCUCACAGAGUCAGCAAUAAGCUAUCCAGCAGCGUGCUGUCAGAGAUGGCGGUAGAGCUGCGUCUGUGUGACCCCGCCUCUUCAGAAGCCGAUCAACUUCAGGACGACUACCUCAGUUUGACUCACGCGACGAGAAGCGGAGAAGCUACUUCCUGGGCAAAGAUGGUGAGCGAAGUCAGCCCCGGCUCGACGCUGCGCAGGCUCAUUUUGACCCUCCUGGCCCUGCCGAGCUCGCUGCACCGGACCCAGGUGUUUGCUAAGGUGUCGAACAUCCCCAAGACUUUUCCUGACAGCCGAGAAGCCUCCAAAGCUUUGCCUGAACCGGGGAUGUGGGCGAGAAGACCCAACAACCGCAGGAGGAAGAUACCCGUCCGUCACCAGACAGCUCACGAUAAUGAGAGGAAACAGGAAGUGGACAAACUGAGCUCAUCGGAGGACAGCGACUGGACCAAAUCCAGACCACCUGUGCGUUCCAGGGAAUACAGCAGCACGGAGGAGUCGGGCGACACGGAAAACUCCUCCGAUGUGGUGGAUGUUACAGAAGCUUCCAGAAUGUGUCGGGCUGACAGACUGAGGCAGCUGCACAGUCACAGAAAUCGUCAGGCCAAGUCUGAUUUUGUCGUGAGCAGCGAUGACGAGGAUUCGGCAGCCACGCCGACCCGAGUAGCAUCGGCGCGGGAACAACCACCUGGGGAGCUGGUCUGGGGUUACGCUGGGAGCUCGGCGCUGUGGCCGGCCGUCGUCCUGCCGUGCAGAGGAGAAACUCCACUGCCAGGGAAGACGCUGGUGGAGUGGUACGGACAAAAGACGUCCUCACAGGUCAGUUUGCAGGAUCUCAAACCUUUCGCUGCGUUCACCCAGAACUUUUGUGCCGACUCCUUCAACAUCCUGAACACCUACCAGGAGGCCGUGUACCUGUCCCUGCAGGAGGCGGCUCGCCGCUGUAAGAAGCAGUUCGCUCCUCCUCCAAAGGGCAGAGAGGAGCUGCUGAAGCAGAUGUUGGACUGGGCGUUGGGAGGCUUCCAGCCGUCGGGGCCUGAAGGAUUUCAGCCCAACGCUCCAAAGAACGACUGGUGGUCGAGGGUGAUGAAGAAGCUCCCCCAUAAAGCCUCCUCUUCUCCUGACUCCUCCAGCAUCAACCUGAAAGAUGUGGAGGUGUGCCUGAAGAGGCUGUCCUGCAGCUCCAUCAGGAAGGCCUCAAAGCCUGCAACGGCAAACAAAAAGGAAGGUCAUCCUGCGGAGCACGGCCCCAAAGCACGGAAGGAGAAGGAAGCUCGAGGAGGAGGGUCAAAGAUGGGGAGACAGGGGAAGAAGGAGGAAGAGGAGGAGGAGGAGUGGCGAGGAAAGGGGAAGAGUAAGACAGGAUGGAGAGGAAGGAAGGCUCAUAAGAAGCGAGGCGAGCUGAACGAUGACGUGUCGUCUGAUUGGAUGCCGAGCAAGAAGAAGAUCUACACCAAACUCCACAACAAGGUCAACAAGCCGACCGCCUCCUACGCACAGCCCGACCAGAAGCACAGAGAGACGAUCAUCAGCACGAUCGUGGACAUGAAGCUGGACAUCGAGGGGUACUGUCUGUGCUGUGGGACGGACAACAUUGAGAUCUUCCACCCUCUGUUUAAAGGCGGCCUGUGCCUGAAGUGUAAGGAUAACUUCACAGAAACCUUAUAUCGUUACGACGGCGAUGGAUAUCAGUCCUACUGCACCAUCUGCUGCUACGGGAUGGACGUCCUGCUGUGUGGCAACGAUGGCUGCUGCAGGUCUUACUGCGAGGACUGUCUGAACAUCCUCGUCGGGCCGGGAACGUUUGAUUCGCUGAAGCUGGAGGACCCGUGGAUCUGCUACCUGUGUCAGGCUCACAGACCCCACAGAGCGCUGAUCCCCAGAGAGGACUGGAGCAUCCGCGUGCAGGAGUUUUUCACCAAUGACAGCGGCAUGGAGUUUGAGCCUCACCGCGUCUACCCGUCCAUCCCUGCAAACCUCCGCCGACCCGUCAGAGUCCUGUCGCUGUUCGAUGGCAUCGGCACAGGUUUCUACGUGCUCAAGGUCCUGGGCAUCAAAAUAGACAAAUACGUCGCCUCUGAGGUUUGCGAGGAUUCGGUCGCCGUUGCCACCGUCAACCACGACGGGAAGAUCGUCCACAUCGGAGACGUGCGGCACAUCACUCAGGAACGCCUCGAGCAGUGGGGACCUUUUGACCUGCUCAUUGGCGGCAGCCCCUGUAACGACCUCUCCAUCGUCAACCCGUUAAGGAAAGGCCUCUACGAGGGCACUGGGAGGCUUUUCUUUGAUUACUACCGCAUCCUUCAGUGGCUGAAGCCCAAAGAGGACGACCUGCGGCCGUUCUUCUGGCUGUACGAGAACACGGUCGCCAUGAACACCUGCAACAAAAUCAGCAUCUGCCGCUUCCUGGAGUGUAACCCGGUGAUGGUGGACGCCAUGCACGUAACUCCGGCCCGCAGAGCUCGCUACUUCUGGGGAAACAUCCCGGGAAUGAGGAGGCCCAUCGUAGCCACCCAGAGCGACAAGCUGGACCUGCAGGAGUGCUUGGAGCUGGGCAGAAAGGCCACGAUGUGUAAGGUGAGGACGAUCACCACCAAUGCGAACUCCCUGAAACAAGGAAAAAAUGUCAACAAGCUUCCCGUCCUCUACAACGGCAAAGAGGACAAACUGUGGAUCACGGAGCUGGAAAGAGUCUUCGGGUUCCCUAAACAUUACACCGAUGUGCGGGACAUGAACCGGCAGCAGCGGCAGAAGGUGCUCGGGAAGGCGUGGUGUGUCCCCGUCGUCCGUCACCUCUUGGCCCCCCUGAAGGACUACUUCACCUGUGAGGACUUAUCUCCUCUAACCACAGCUGCCACCACCUCCUCCUCCCCCUCCUCACAGUCCUCCAGUGCCCCUGCAGAGCAGCAGCUGUCGAGUUAGGAGGAGGCGCUACCGUUCAGAUGUGGUCAUUUGAUCAGCGACACAGUGCUGACGUGUCAGUCUGUGCGCAGGUAUCUGCGGUUUCUCACCUGAGGACGACGCUGAUGGAUGAACCUUUCACUGCUGGAGAGAUUCAGCAGCACAACAAUGUUUUUCAAACUAAUUUAAACCUCUUACUACAGUUCAAACGAGCCCUCUGCAGGUUCAUUCAUUUUAAAAUUUGGGUUCAAUUAAUUCCAGGUGUACUUUCAGGUAAUACCACUUCAUACCACAAGAUGGUGCAGUGAGUAAGCGUAAGCUUCAUUGAGUCCUGUGAAAAAGGCCAUGAGGACGGGCUGAAAGGAAGUACUGAAAGUGUCAGCACGCUGCCCCCUGGUGGCGAAGGAUAAUUAGAAAAACGAUUUUUAAUCAUGUUUCUUGUUUCCAGGAGAAGAACAGAUUUGUUUUACUUAAACAUAAAUCAGAGCAAAAGAAAGUUGCUGAAUAAAUUCAGCGACACUUGAACAUGUUGAUCCUCUGCAGUGUCUGGGAGCAGGAAUCUGACACCUGCGUCUUCGGUUACCUGUGUCAGACACUCUGGCAUCAGCGGAGCUGAGGACAUGUCAGCUCUUUAUUUAUCACCUUUUUUACUCCUUUUUUUAAAAAACUAUGAAGUCAUGCAUUUCAAACUCAAACACAGGCCGGGAACCCAGUGUGUGCUCAGCUGUGUUUAGACUCUACCUCCAAUAAAAUUGUGACGACCUAAAGGCUGAGGUCCUUUGUUACUGUGGUGCUCGUUGAUGAACUGUGUGCUUCUGUAAUGAAGCUGGAACCAGGUGCUUUCCUUAAAUUAUGCCUCAAUUCUACUGUUGUUGAUGUAAAUCAGUUAAACUAUGAGUG